AGCGUACUGGUCCAGUACUCUGGAUGGCUAUCCAAGAGAGUGAAGGCUGUAAUGGUACAUAGAGCGGAGCAUAGAGCAAGCAUGUUUACCAACACGGAGUCUGGAUGAGUAAUCUUCCCAUCAAAACAGACAUUUAAUUUCUUCGGCGAGUGUAGUGUCAAGGUGUCACUGUCAAAUGUUUUAAUUGUUAAUUGGGGCUGGGCUGGACGUUGCUAUAAAAAAUUAGGAUUAUUGUCCCACGUGCCGGUGUUCUGACUUACAACUAGUUACAACAACCACGCUUUGAUUUCGAGUUUCGGGAACUUACAUAGUUAACAAAUGUUGUUUCUGCACAGCUUUAAACGUAACUAUUAUUAACAUUAUUGUCAAGUUGGUUGGACCAGGCAAGCCAAGCUAUCAUUCCGUACAAGAGUACCGGAUGUGGUCAAUUUAUCCUCAUUCGUGAUGUGACUAAUAGUACGUCGGACUUUACAAGUUUCACAUAUUUAUCCUGUUGGUUGAAUGAGCUGACUGCUCAGAGAUAGUCCUACAUUAAUUUUUAAAAUUACUAGAAUCGAGCGUUAAAAGAUAUAUUUUUUCCACGCGUUUGAAACCAAUUAAUGUAAGGGGGCGUAGAAUAACCAGUCCAAGGGUUUACAUAUUUGCUACGGAUUAAAUAGUGAAUCUCUCUAAUAAAAUGUCGAAGCAGGCGGAAAAGAUCAAUUCAUCAAUGAUCCAUAAGACAGGAGACACAACUGCCAUGACCUUGUCGAACCCCAAUGACAUCAAAUUCGGAAUAACCACUCCUUUUCGCGAAUCAGACAAAGGAGGAGAACUGGUCCAUUUGCCGCAUGACAAACCAAUUGCAUUCGCAGUGGAAACCGUUUGCAAAGUCUGGUGUUAUUCAAACCCCAGUGAUUACGCCCUCAAAUUUUCAGAACCACCAAGUCACUACGUCACGGAGGAAAGGAGGAAGGAGCUCAGUGGAAAAUUAGUGAGCAUGCAAUUCUCUCCAAUCAAACUCUGUGAAGAAAUCAUGUCCAAAAUGAAGAGCAACAACGACAAGGAAAUUGUGGAUGGGAUGGCAAAACUUUCGAGAAACGCUUCAGACCCCACGGUCGCGGAUGUGUUUGUGGGCAUUGGGGGUCUCCCAACACUGCUGGACUUGAUGGAGAAAGAGAAGCCGAUUGAUUGGCAAAAGGAGGGAUUUGCUUUUGCCCUACAAGCUCUUUUGGACAUUAUGAUGUUGUCCAACGAUGCGACGUGGGACAAAGUGCAAUCUGGAGUAAUUUCGAGGGUCGCGUUCUACGUAAAUCGCCCUUCCUCAUCUCCUCCACCAAAAUUGAUCGGCCCUGCGUUGCAGGUUUUGGAAAACGCAAUUGCUUCUGGGAAUGCUUACGCUCAAAUAGAAAAGGAAGUCAGCCUUACAACUAUGAAAAUGCAUAUACAAACCUCUGCGGACUCUAGAGUUAAGCAAAAUGCUCUUGCUCUUAUAAAUGCUUUAUUGAGUAAAGCUGACCUCUCAAAACGGAAAUCACUGGCGACGACACUCGGAUCUCCAAAGUUCCGCGAUACUAUCAUUGAACAGUUUCUAAAGUCGCCGGGAGAUCGAUCAUCAGAAACUACACACGAGUUAUAUGUCAUGCAAACAUUACUUUUGAAUAUGUUGGAUGAGAAAAGGCAGACACCAGUUAAUGUACAACAGGUACAUCCUUACACCUUCGUUUCUGACGACCAGGAUCAAGGGGCUCUCUUUAAAAUCAAAGAGUUAUUUAGAAUUGCAUUCGAAUCUGCAGACUCUUCUGGAAAUUAUACCGCCAUCAGUUUUGACACUGCGAAUACGUAUGCGGCUAAAAGGGAAAAACCAAAUGCGAAGAGGGACUAUCAACGAUUAGGAUUCACGAACGACUCUAAUCCAGAAAUGGAUUUUACCGUCGUUCCACCCGGGACACUGGCACUGGAUUGCAUGUAUCAUCUUGCAACAGUGCACACUGAAAACUACAAUAAAAUUGUUUUGGAUGGGAUUUGCCGAGCCAGUGGAGCGGAGUGUCCUUUUGCCCGAUCAUCAAUUAGUUUGGUCAAUGUAUUAUCUGAACUACUCAAAAUGGGGGAACAGCCAGACGAACAAAACGGAACUUUUUAUCCCUUUUUCUUUCGCCAUGAUAAGCCCUUCGAAGAGCUGUUCUGCAUUUGUUCCCAGUUGGUCACAAAAACUUGGAAAGAAAUGAGAGCAACCGCUGAAGAUUUUGAUAAAGUAUUUGACGUGGUUCGAGAACAAAUUGUUCGCACUUUGCGGAAAACCCCUGAGACAUUUGAAGUUGUGAGAAGUCUAUUAAAUGGUAUGUCGUAUGCUGAAAUUAUGAAAAUUCGUCAGCAAGAGCGGUCUAGUCGUGAAGAGUGGGAGUUACAAGCGCAGCCUAUUCAAGAAUUAAGAAAGAAGCUGGAACCUGAAAUGAUUGACCUCAUCAAGCAAAAUAGAAUUAAUUAUUUGGUAACAGGGACCAGAUUUAACAAGUUUACAUCCCGUGGCUUGACGCUGAUUAGAGUAAGGGAAAAGUUUUGGUUCUGCCGAUUAUCUCCAAAUGGAAAGGUGUUUCAUUAUGGCGAAUGUGAAGAAAAGGCAACACCACUCCCUGAGGAGCUCCCGAGCAAGAUAAACGUGGUUGAUAUUAAGGAUCUGCUUACAGGAAAGGAUUGUCCUCACAUGAAAGAAUCAAAGGGCAAGAAAAGCAGUGGCUCUUUAGCAUUUAGCUUGGUUACGGAGAAGGAGUCUUUUCAAACUGUUGACUUUGUCGCCCCAGAUAAACGUACAUUUGAUGUUUGGACCGAUGGGAUUAAUGCCCUGCUUGGGAAACCAAUGAAUAGCGAUGCUGCCAAAGAAGACCUUGAAACCUUGCUCCACAUGGAAAUUAAACUUAGACUUCUUGAAAUUGAAGGCCUGCCAGAAUUGCCACAAGUAGCUCCACCCAUUCCAGAACUUCCUCUAUCAUUUGACUUUAGUGCUUUGCAAGUAAAUGGAAAAUGAUGCGACACUAUUGCUGAUGAUGCAUCCUAUGCAUCACCGUCUAUUUUUGCAUAGCACAAAAAUUAACUACAAAAUGAAAAUGACGUACAGAUGAACAAAAGCAUUUUAUAUUUGCCAUUUUAGAUUUCGUAGUUUCAUACUAAACUUUUAUACCAUAUUUCGAAUGUUAAAUAUUACAAAUAAUAAAACUUGCUAGUCUUUGUGUAUGUAGACAUAACUUUAAAUUAAAAUAUAAAUAUCUUGA